AUGACUGACAGAUUUUCUUCACAUCAAGGUGGUCAAACUCCACUGAUUCUCUUCGCAACUCCACCUUUAUUACAAGAACUCCAGGCGUUGACAAUCCAUAUUCCUAGUGCAAACCAGAAUGCAGCUCGAUUCCAGCCACAAGUUAUAAAAUGCAGAGAGUUUAUUUUCACGGAACCUGGUGUGAUUGGAAGUCCAAGUCCAGAUAUCAUCGAUCACACUUUUCAUCUGAUAGCAAGUGCUUCCUUGGUCGCCUCAGGAAAAUUACAAAACAGAUUGACAAGAAUUGGUCUUCAGGUCAGCAGCCCUUACGAGGUUCAGACUGAGCUCUACCAAGCCUGUCUACGGUACACGAUCAUCGCGCGUCUUUCACCAAACUGGAACAAGGCUGGUGUAUGGCUUGUGCAGGGCCGAGACUUCCUGACUAUUAAGGGUUGUGUCAAUGCUGUCAAGAUGGAUGUGGCAGUAGUGCAUGAUGAGCUCUACUUCACACUAGAAGCUGCCAUGCUCAGAAUCUCACCUAUGCAGGUGACAGACCUAGACAUUGUUGGUAAAAGCCUGGACCACUACCUCACCCAUCCCGGAGCUUCGCUUGAAAAAGGACAGAUUGCUUCUGACUGGUGCUACAUCCUUCCUAGUAUGAAAAGGGGUCGUAUAGCCAGCAUCAGCCACGAGAUACCAGAAGACAGUCCAUUCACCAUGUACCGAGAUCUGAAAAGACACUGGAAAAACACAUAUGGCUACAGACUGCCAGAGACAGAUGAAGGAAUCAACUUUUACCAGAUCCAUUUUGGAAAAUUUGGAGGAAAACUCUUCACAUAUCCUUUUAUGUGUCUGCGCCCAAGGGAGCUACAGCGGGUCAGUCGUGUUGACCCAAAACCCAUCUUGCGGGCAUUCAUCAUUGAACUUCAAGCCAAGUUCCCCACGGUCUGUGGGCUCCCCAUCAAACUGCAGACCAAGGCGAAGUUUACAGUUAAUGACCUGCUCUCUGUUAACCAGAUAUUUGUUUUACAGGUGGAAAAACAACCCAACUCGAACCUGACCAGUAAAAUGACUGGUUCCCGACAGGCUGUAUACAGAAGCAAGACAGAGAUGAACACCAUCUUCACCACUCAAAACAUUCCAGCCACAGUUGUACAGUCAACACACCCAAGCAUGACCAACUCAUCUAGGCCUGUCACAGAGAAGCAUAUUAAUAAUGGGAGUAUAAGGAACAUUUCGUCUGAGAAGUCUUCUUCCAUCUCGGUCAGACCUCCAACUGCAAAUGCAACUCCAAGUCAGAAACUUUCAUAUCUUAUGAGCUCACAGGGUCUCACAAGCUCUUCAUCAAUCAAUUGCCAAACACCUCAGAGCACAAUUGCAAGUUCCAAUAAUCAAGAACAAACUAUGAUGAGAACAGCUACUCCUUUGGACAAAGAAACAAUGGUAGGAUCACAGAAUCCAAAAUCACAAACUGUGGUGGCUAGGAAAUUGUUCCCUUCCUUUAAACCCAAAACACAGAUGACUGCCUGCACUGUAAUGGCACAGUCUCAGUCAGCCUCUGCAGCAAAGUUAAUACCAACAUUCACAGCAAGGAAACCCCACAACCAACAAAGCAAGAUGCCUGCUGCACAAGGAUACAUUAGCCUACCUAGGAGCACAACAGGAGUUGUUAACCCAAGUCAGCUGUCAAAUUCCCAGCUUGUCAGCUCCAAUCAGAUUGGCUGCAGCCAGCAGACUGGUCAUGAAAACAAGACAAUUCCUUUAUUCCAAAAAGUUAAACCUUCUUCUAUGUCCUCUAUGACAGAACCAUCAACGUUAAGCAAGAAACCUUCAUCUAGCAAGGCGAAAAGUAAGGUUGUAUCUGCAUCUGCGAAAACAGGAAAACCUACCAAAAGGAGCAAAGAUAAGGUCCCUGACCAAGAGAAAAAGAGGAUCAAGAAGCUGAAGAAAGCUGAGGCUUGAAAAAUGAUGGAGAGAUGUGACCUAAUAUUCGUUGUUGUUCAGAAUGUUGUAAGGUUGUAAGCCAUAACAACAUUGCUAACGUCAUUGUUGUUAACUUCAAAUCUUUGCUACAUUUUCGAACAGUAGUUUAGACAAAUUGUUGUAGUUAACAAAAUUGAAUCAAAACUUUCACAUGAACUUUGUUUAAAUUUACAUGUAAACUAAUUUCUUUGAUAUAUAAUUAUUUUAUAAUCAUUUAACCAAGCAUCUUUGAUAGAUUUGAGAAAAAAUAAAGUGAUUUUUAUGUUGGUUUGGUCAUAGUAAGGUUAUGAUUUGCACAUACUGUAGUUAUUAUGUGAGGAUCUUUUAAGAAUGCCCAGAGUUUGAAGGGUACAGUGUUAU